AUGCAGUCCUAUGAAUACAGCAUAGCGGGCGAGCGGAGGAGGAGGAGGGGGACGUUUUUCCGUUUCAUUUACUUGGUUACACGAAUUGCUGGACAUUAAUGAAGGAUACUCUAUAAAAGCCCUUUCCAGAGGCUUCCAGCUCUGUGCCAUGUCUUUGGAAAACUCUUCAGACGUGGUCAACGAGAACACUUGUCUGCCCCCUUCACUGAACCUCGAUCUACGCUGCCCCCAUAGUGCCCUUCUAGACGCAGAGUUAGGCAAAGCUAAAGGCUCGUGUACCUCAUCUCCUAAGAGCCGCCGAAUCUACGCCAGCACCACCCCAUCCCAGCUCCUCAACGGCAUCAUGGGUGGACUGGAUGAUGACGCUUCCCUCCAACACCGUGAGGAAGAGCGGGCCAGGAAUCAGGAAAAUGAGCAGGGUCACCCUGUCUCUGGGAGCAAUGCCAAGUGGAUGAAGGAAGGCCAGAACCAGCUGCGCAAAGUAGCUGAGAAGCAGCAGGACCUAAACAGAAACCCAGACCAGAACCUUAACCUGGUCGAAAAUGAAAACGAAAGCCCGGACAUGAACCCAAACCGGAACUCCAUGAUUGGGGUGCAAGGGAAUGACGUGGAGAAUAAUAAGACCCUGGAGGUAUUGUGCUCUGACUUGGAUGUUAGGAACGCCGCCAACGAGCCUAUUUUAAUUGAUACCACUGAGGCCCCCAAGGGCAAGGUGGAAGAGAAUGAGGAGGAGGAGGAAGAGGAGGAGAAGGAAGAAGAAGAGGAGAACCUCCCUCUCGGGGGUGGAGAGAAGGACACAGACUCCUCUGAGACACAGAGCACCAGUGAGUCGAGGAAAAGCAUUGAAGGCGGAGGCAGGAACACAUGCUUACUGUUCAGCAAGAAUGGAGCUAGUGAUGAGGACUCCAGCUGUAUGUCUCUGUCCCAGGGGAGCACUGCCAACAGCACCCCUGACGGAGAUCCAGAGUCUUAUUGGGACCGCAGCGCAUUUGAAACAGACACAGACCUGCCAGCUGGAUGGAUGCGCGUGCGGGAUACCUCAGGCACCUACUACUGGCAUAUUCCCACUGGCACCACACAGUGGGAGCCACCAUCUCCCCUGGAGGAGGGUGCAGCCCCAGAGAGACCGUCGAGCACUUCCCCUGCCAUUACCCCCUCUGAGGAGCCACAGAUUACGUGGAAUAGUGUGUCCCGUCCAAAUAGAUUCAAUGAUGAUCUGUGGAAGGAAGAGGAUGUAACUUCUGAUCAGAGUCUGAAGGAAUUUGAGGGGGCUACUCUGCGCUAUGCCUCCAUCAACCUCAGCUGUUCCCAGACUGAAGGAGAAGAGAAACCAAAUUCAUACAGUACUGACGUGGAGGCCAAGUGCUUUGCGGUACGAUCUCUGGGUUGGGUGGAGAUAUCAGAAGAAGAGAUGGCACCUGGCAAGAGCAGCAUUGCUGUCAACAACUGCAUCAGACAACUCUCCUAUCACAAACAUAACCUGCAUGACACUGCUGGCAUUUGGGGAGAGGGUAAAGACAUGCUUCUGGUGCUGGAGAAUGAGAUGCUGAACCUAAUAGAUCCACUGGGUCAGACCCUGCUCCACUCCCAGCCCAUAGUCAGCAUCCGUGUGUGGGGUGUUGGCAGGGAUAACGGGAGGGACUUUGCAUACGUGGCUCGAGACAAGCUGACCCAUGUUCUGAAGUGUCAUGUGUUCCGAUGCGACACUCCUGCCAAGAACAUUGCCACCAGCAUGCAUGACAUCUGUUCCAAGAUUAUGGCCCAGAGGAAGUCCUCAAAAUCAAGUCUGAAUAGACUCAACAUCGACCCAUCCAAACUGGUGGAUCUUCCAUUCCAGGAGUUCCCAGCACCAAAGAAUGAGCUGGUCCAGCGUUUCCAGGUGCGCUACCUUGGUAAUGUGCCAGUAGCAAAACCAGUAGGCAUGGACAUUGUUAAUUCUGCCUUGGAGACUGCACUUAGCUCCAAAGACAAAGAAGAAUGGACCCCAGUAACUGUGAAUGUGGCUUCUGCUACUCUUACUAUCCUUAUUUCAGAUACUGAGGAGGUUCUGUCAGAGUGUCGAGUGCGGUUCCUGUCGUUCAUGGGUGUAGGAAAGGACAUCCACACGUUUGCUUUUAUCAUGGCGGAAGGCCCUGGAGACUUCAUCUGCCACAUGUUCUGGUGUGAGCCCAAUGCUGCCAGCCUUAGUGAGGCUGUGCAAGCUGCUUGUAUGCUGAGGUACCAGAAGUGUCUGGAUGCAAGACCCCCGAGCACCACCUCAUGCCUGCCAGGCCCUCCUGCAGACUCAGUGGCACGCCGAGUGGGCUCCAGUGUCAAGAAGGGCGUGCAGAGCCUGCUUGGCAGCUUCAAAAGGUCUGGAGCCCAGACGCCCUAAAAGAGAGUUCAUCCCACCCACCCCUCUCCCGUCCCAGCACGUCCUCCACCUGCCUGCUCCCUCUGUGGGAUUUCAAACGGGGCACGGCGGGCUUUCAUCAAGCCUAGAACACACGUUUCACUUCUCCUGACCUCUUCUGAGGAGCUCAGGUUUCCCUCUAUCUCUGUAUUUUUGUGUUGUAUGAGUGAGAUUGAGUGUAUGAGAGAGAUUUGAGGAGGAAAAUAUUGAAUUAUAGUGCAAGACGUGAUUGUGUUACACCACACAAGGCAACCAUAGUUCACUCUUUGGUCUAGAUAGAUAGUACUGUGUAUCCAAUAACAAUGAUGAUUAAGCAGUUGUACAUUUUGAGGUUGAGUGUUUGAAAUGUCUUGUCACCUUGAAAACUGGACCAAAAUUGAUUACUGUAAUAAUACUGUACACAUGUAGGUGUGCACAUUAAGAGGAACACUACGCAUGCCGUUAAAACACUAAAACUACUAACAAGCAACAUUACAAGUUAAAGCUUGGUACUGUUUAUGUACUGUAACACUGUUAUCGCCAUAGAGUUUCCCUGUCUUUUUGAUAUUGAAAGAUUUGAAGGGAAUAAUAGUUCAGGUUUACUAAAGUUGUGUGCAUUACACACUGUCAGCAGAUCACACUAAUUUUUUUAACUGUAACUCCUGUGAUAGAUUUAGUGCAGCCACAAAGCAAGGCCUGCACUCAGUUUAUUACCUUUACCUUUGCUGCCAAUUACAGAAUUUGACUCUGUUCUUGAAGUCAUUUCUGUACCUGACACAUCUAAUCACAUGUUGAUGUGACCUUGUCAGCUUUGUAUGAAUUAUUAUUUACUGUUCUGAAGGUUUUUGGCUGAGUGGAAUUAUUUAAGCAGAUUAUUUAUAUUCUUUCCUGAAAUAGCAUUAAUGGAUCUUAGUCUUCCAAAAAACUUGCUUGGUGGAGAGCUCCUGGAUAUUUCACUAGUAUAGAUGGGUGUUAGUGACUUACACUAUGUUCUGAAAGUGAAUGUUAGUUUGAAUUUUUUUUCUUCUAGGACUUUAAGUUGUGCUCUCUGUGGAAUGUCUUUAAUUUUCCCUGCUUAGUGGGAAUUCUGUUUUUAGACACUUGAGGUCUCACCACUAUGUGGUUUUGGCAAACUAGGCACUCUAAAUAUGUACAAUUCUCAACUCUAAAUAAGGAAAAUCAUGCCCUUGCAUAAGAGGUUGAGAGUUAGCCCAGUCUGGUCUUUGACUGAAUCUGAUUAGAAAUUAUAUGUAAAAUAGAUUUGAACAUGUUCAGAUUACUAAGGUAUCUGAGGAUUCCAUUUGCUUCAGCUUUCUGCAGGUGUGCUGAUGCACAGGUAGAGGGCACUCUCUGCAUUGUCUUUUUCACCAGACUAUUGGAUUGUACAAUACUGGCAGGCCCAUUGCUUAAAUGGUGUUUGAGUGUGUAUUUUAGAACUACUAGAAGGAUUUGACGUCUGGAAUUUAUCACAGACACUUUGAAGAGCCAUGUGUCACUGAUUGUCUUGUACAUGCACAUUUGUAAUAUACUACACCAUGUGUUGCCUCACAGUUAGGCUAAACAACCACAAAUAUGCUCUGCGAUUAUUCACUAAAUGUUCCUGUAUAUAUUGACACUAAUAUAGUAAUAGUAGCAGAAUGCACCCCUAUCCAGUAGCAUAUUUCUCUGAACACUAUCUGACCAGUUUGUGUUUACUGUACUCCUCCCUAAAAUAGAACUGAACAUGCCCUUAUUUUGGUUUACACUCCAGCUGCCAUGUGGAAAAAAAAAAGCCUUGGCUUGUAGCUCAGCUGUUAAAAGGAGGAACAUAGACAUGAUUGAAACCUACAGUUGAAAACGAAUGAAAGUUAUAUGGAAGGAACUGGAUUUCUCCUUUUUUGUACUCAUCUUGUCAUGUUGCUGCAUUUGCUCUACUAAACAAAAUCGUGUAUGUGUUUAUUUCCCAGCAUUUCGUGUGUAUAUAUAACGUAAGGGCCUUUGUUCAAAAUGCACUCUAAAGACUGUAGAUCUAGAUCACUUCGUGUGAUAGCUGAAAAAAAUGGGGGUUGAUGACAUGGAAUAAUAUCUGUGUAUUGUAUCUUAUUAAGGGAACGUAAAUGUUAGGUGCUUGUAAUUCAUCCAGUUUAGGAAAAUAUCAUCUCUCACUUAAGUACACUAAGGAAUGAAUGACUGUGCAAAAGCGCACAGCGAUAACAUCUUAACCAGCCUGCCGAUCAACAUCAUAUUCCACUAUGCAUAAUCAAACCGUCUGUGAUUUAUAUGAAUAGGGGGUAUAUGGUAGGGCAUUUUCUUAUCUGUAAUAUGCAGAUAUUAUUCAGAUGUUCCAGUUGGUCCUCCCUGGUGUCUUAGACUUGUAAGAAUGCUUUUUAUUUUAUCUGAAGGUUGUGGUGCAAGAGAGAUUGCUUUUUCCUUUUUUGUUAUUGCUUGUUUUGAAUUACUUUCUAAAAAAUGUACAUUAGGUGUCAUGUAUUUGUAUAUACAUGUAUAUUAAUAUUAUGUGUCACUGGGAAAAAUAAAAUGUUAAUGUCUGUU